AUGGAGGGAGACGGCGUAAAAGGUUUGGCAUGCCAGAAGACUAUGGAUGGGAAUGCGAGUAAUGGGAAUGGUGUGGAGAAGACUGUACCUUCUUGUUGCCUCAAGGCCAUGUCUUGCUUACCAGAGGAAGAUGCUAAGUGCCACUCCACUGUUGUCUCUGGAUGGUUCUCCGAACCUCCUCACCUUCGCUCUGGGAAAAGAGGCAAAGCAGUGUAUUUCAAUAACCCUAUGUGGCCAGGAGAAGCACACUCACUGAAAGUUGAGAAAGUUCUAUUCAAAGACAAGUCAGACUAUCAGGAAGUCCUAGUGUUUGAGUCAGCUACCUAUGGGAAAGUGCUUGUUCUAGAUGGUAUUCUACAGCUGACUGAAAAAGAUGAAUUUGCAUAUCAGGAGAUGAUAGCCCAUCUACCUCUAUGCUCCACACCUUCACCUAAAAAUGUCCUGGUUGUUGGUGGAGGUGAUGGUGGUGUUCUGAGGGAGAUUUCUCGCCAUAGCUCUAUGUAA